AUGCUGCUCUUGCUCCUCGCGGUCGCCGUCGCCGCGAAGCCGGCGCCGAACUGCAGCGACGCCAAGUGCGGCGUCGCCUGCGCCUGGACCGCCGGCGUCGAGAGAUGCCACCCGCAGCGGCUCUGCCUCGACGCCGGCGCGGCCUGCGCGGUAAAGGCCAAGCGCCUCGAGCGGCUCACGGGCUACGCGGCGAACCGGUCCGCGGAGGAGAAGGCCUGCGCGCCGCCGCCGCCGCCCGCGCGCAUCCCGGCCAUCGCGCGACGCAGCGAUGCGGACGCGCGGCGGUGCCGCGUCGCGCGCUGCGCCCGCGCGAACUUCACGCGCAAGGCCGCCACCGACGACCUCUUCCAGCGCUACGCGACGUACCGCGCGGAGCUCGCCGUCGUGACGCCCCACAAGGCCGGCGGCAAGUACGCGAAGGAGAUGUUCGCGCGGGCCUACGGCUGCGCGCCGACGCGGGCGCCGGGCGACCGCGAGGUCGUCAUGUGCGGCGACGACGGCAAGGUGCGGAAGAACAUGACCGUCGUCCUCCUCGUCCGCGAGCCCCUGGACCGCGCGCUCGCGCAGUACAACCACCUCAUCGGCGACGCGCGGAGCAAGCUCGAGGCGGUCUGCGCCAAGGGCUCGUACCCGCUCACGGCCGACGAGCGCCUCGCCUACGCGAAGGGGUCGACGCCCGGCGACGACGCGCGGCGCCUCGCGUUCCUCCGCUGGCUCCGGUGCCUCGAGCCGAACGUGCCCGACGCCGCGCGCGAGCCCGACGGCAUCGAGUACCGCCACUUCCAGCCCGCGAGCCGCUACGCCUACGCCGCCGAGGCGGACUUCGUCGGGCGCGUCGAGCGGCUCGGCGACGUCAUGGCCGCGCUCGCCGCCGUCGCGCCGCUGCUCAACGCGUCGCUCGACGACGCGAGCCGCCGGCCCGACCCGUGGCUCUUCGACGGCGAGAAGCAGGACGCGGAGAAGCAGCGCGGCGGCUCCCGCAAGGAGCAGCACAAGGCCCUGGACUACGUCCGCGCCCACGAGCUCCAGGCCUGGGGCGUCCAGCGCUGCGACCUCGGCGACGACGCGGCGGCGGCGGAGGCGAAAGUAUCGGCGUUGUACGCGACGGACUUCGACUGCUUCGGCGACCUGCUGCCCCGCUACGCGGCCGCCGACGCGCGCCGGCGCCUCCGCCGCGCGGGCACGCAGCUCGCCUGCGAAGGCGUCGACGAGGCGACCGCGCGGCCCGUCGGGGCGCCGACCGCGGCGCCGACGGCCGCGCCGCGCCCCGCGCCGAGCCCCGCGCCGAGCCCCGCGCCGAGCCCCGCGCCGGUCGCCGCGGCGCCGACCGGGGACGGCGCGCGCCACGCCGCCCUCCUCGUCGCCGCCUUCCUCGCGGGCGCGGGCUGCAACGCGGCCGCGGCGAGGUGGCGAGGGUAA